UUUGACGUUUUAGGUGAAAACAAAACAUAAGUAAACAAAACGCUCUCCCGUGUCCAGCGUAUAAUCGAUUCAUUUUUUAACUUUAUACAAAACAAGCUUAGUUUUCCAACAUGGGAUGCGAUGGUGGAACUAUUCCUCGCCGUGACGAGUUGGUGCGACUAAAGAAAAAGCCAGAACAGAAAGAUAAAGACGCAGAAAGGCAAUUCCGAUGGAAGCACUGUGCAUUGACUCAACAACGGCUCCAGCAACCGAUAGUAAUGUGUGGGCUGGGUAGACUCUAUGCCAAGCAAAAUGUUAUUGAAGCAUUGCUGGACAAGGAGAAAAUGACCGAUGCCUGUGCUCACAUUAAAUCGAUGAAGGAUAUCAAGAACCUGAAUUUAACAUCCAACCCAGCCUAUGAUGAAACGAAGGACGACAAAAGCUCCCCAUACAUCUGCGCACUGAUUGGGCUGGAAAUGAGUGGACAGUUUCGUUUCGUUGCGCUGUGGACCUGUGGGUGCGUUUUUUCAGAAAGAGCACUCAAGGAAGUCAAGGACAGGGUAUGCUCGGUCUGCCAAACACCGUACACCGAUGACGAUAUUGUAAUUCUCAAUGGAACGGAGGAUGAAAUUGAGCAGAUGCGAGUUAAAAUGGAAGCCCGGAAUGCUCGUGCAAAGGCAGAAAAGAAGGCAAAGUUGGAUAAAAAAUCCAAGACAAAAGCAGCUUCGGCGACCAUUACUUCUGGGGAAGCAGCCGAGUCAGUUGCUACACCGCCAGAACAAUCAUCUGCUGCAGCCGCAACAGCAUCAGCCAGUACUAGUGCUGUUUCGGACUCAGCUGAUGGUAAAGGAUCGAGCACGGUAGAUAAGAAAGCUCUGCCAUCAAUGGCAAGGGCGAAUGGAGAAGGCAGCAGCAAAGCAAAGCCGAUCGUUCUGAACAAGCGUGCUCUAAUAAGUGACAAGAUCGGAGAGGACCCGGUAUUUAAGAAAUCCAAAGACGACUACAGUGUCGCGAAGGAUCCAAAAGCCUCUGCUGUAUACAAAUCUUUAUUUACAUCUCACGAAAGUGAAAAAGAUCAAAAGCGUGCUCACUGGGUCACAUACAAUCCGUUCUACAAUUAAAUGUACAUGUCAAUAACUAUUUGCACAGGAAUGUCUAGAUUAAUAACUUUUUCUAUACUUGAACAAAAUAAAAACUAUUUAGUUGUAAUUGUUGAAUGAUU